AUGCAUCAAUGCGAUCAACUAUUGAUGUUGGUUAUGUUGGGUGCAGCGUUUGACAGAAGGCGUAUUGUGCGUAUAUCAGGUGGGUGCUUAGUAUAUCAAUACGUCAAGAAAAAUAAAACUGUGCCUAAAUGUGGACAGUGUAAAGAGAAAUUAAAGAGUAUUCGCCCUACACGCCCCUGUGAACGUAGUCGACUGUCUAAACGUCAAAAAACUGUCGCCCGUACGUACGGUGGUGUUCUUCGCCACGGUUGUUUACGCGAACGCAUCGUUCGUGCUUUUGUUAUCGAAGAACAGAAAAUAGUCAAGGCUUUGAAAAGCCAACGCGAAAUAAUGGUUAAACCCGUCAAACCUGUGAAGGCUGCAGAAAAGAAGCCGAGUAAAACAGCUGGUGCUGCCAAAACAGCAUCUAAAUCGGCCACAAAAAAGCCAGCUCAGAAAUCAACCGGUAAAACGAAGAAGUGA